CCUCCGCUCUGCGUGCAUUCAUAAACGGAUAUGAAAACCCAGCGCUGAAGGCACCGGAGCAGCGAUACAGUCAGCUCUGACCAUGGCGGAAGAGGACGACGCGAGGAUUCGGAUUUUACAGAGCCUUCGGGGUAAAAUAUGUGAAGCGAAGAACCUGGGACCUGUCUCAGGUCCAAAUCGACAAAGGGAUCUUUGCACCUUUUGCACCGUCAGUCUAGAUCAGGAGGAGGUGUUCCGCACCAAAGUGUUUGACAAAUGUGUCAGCCCUUUCUAUGGAGAAGACUUCUACUUCGAGAUCCCACGUCCAUUUCUAUGUUUAUCCAUCUGUGUUAUUGCUAAAAGCGUCUUUCAAAGGGAUCUACCUGUUGGUAAGGUGUCUAUCCGCAAGGAUGACCUGUGUAAAUACAGCGGGAAGGAGCAUUGGUUCAACCUACAGCCGGUGCAUCCUAACUCGGAUGUCCAGGGGAAGGUUCACCUGGAGAUGCGAUUGAAUGAAGUGAUCACAGAGAACGGCUCAGUAGGUCAACACUUAGUAGUUCGGAUAAUAGAGUGCCAGGGACUGCCUUUAAUCAGUGGGCAGAACUGUGACCCUUACGCUACAGUGUCACUUGUUGGACCUGCCAGGUCUGACCAAAAGAAAACCAAGGUAAAGAAGAAAACCAGCAACCCUCAUUUUGAAGAGACCUUCUUCUUUGAGGUCACUCGGUCCAGCAGCUACUCUAAAAAGUCUCAUUUCCAAGUGGAGGAAGAGGACAUCGAAAAACUUGAGUUAAAGGUUGACUUGUGGAACAAUGAGAAUCUGGCUCAGGACGUGUUUCUGGGGGAGACGCGGGUGCCUGUUAGGAUCCUGCGAAAUGACCACAUUCACAAAGCCUGGUAUCUCCUCCAGCCUAAAGGGAACGGCAGCAAGUCCAAGUCUGAUGAUUUAGGAUCAUUGCGUCUAAAGCUGAUCUACAUAGAAGACACCGUGCUGCCAUCUGCCUGCUACACACCACUCCGCAACCUGCUGCUUAAAUCCCCUGAUGUAAAGCCCAUCUCGGCAUCAGCAGCACACAUCCUGGGGGAUAUCUGCAGAGAACGAUACGAGGCUGUUCUGCCCAUGGCCCGACUGCUGCUCCACCACAAUCGCUUUGUGCCUUUUGUCUCUGCUGUGGCCGCUCUGGAGCUGGACAACACUCAGGAGGCUAACACUAUAUUUCGUGGAAACUCGCUGGCAACACGCUGCAUUGAUGAUAUGAUGAAGAUAGUUGGAAAGAAUUACCUGACCGUUACCCUGAAGCCUGUAAUAGAUGAGAUUUGUGAAUGCAACAAAAGCUGUGAAAUUGACCCCAUUAAACUAAAGGAAGGUGACAACGUGGAGGUCAACAAGGAGAACCUUCAGGGCUAUGUUCAGAAAGUCUUCUCCUCCAUCACCCAGUCUAGUUCAAGCUGCCCACCACUCAUGUGUGAUGUCUUCAGGUCACUGAGACACUUGGCCUGCAAACGUUUCCCAGCUGACCCCCACGUUCAGUACUCGGCUGUCAGCAGCUUUGUGUUCCUGCGCUUCUUUGCUGUUGCUGUUCUGUCGCCACACUCUUUUCAACUCCGCUCUCAUCAUCCUGAUACUGAGAUUUCCCGCACACUUACACUCAUCUCAAAAACUAUCCAGACUCUGGGCAGCUGGGGUAGUCUGUCAAAGAAAAUAUCUAGUUUCAAAGAAACUUAUAUGUAUGACUUCUUCAAAUCAUUCCAAGAAGACAAGUGCAUUGAAAAAGUUAAAAAGUUUCUCGAUGAGAUCUCUUCUGAUGUCAGCAAAGAGUCUAGUGGGCUGGAGGACGCAGUGGUACUGAAGGAGGGGGAGGUGCAUAAACGUGCCCAGGGAAGAAAAAGACUUGGAAAGAAAAACUUCAAGAAGAGAUGGCUCAGAGUGACCAACAGGGAGCUGUCCUACCACAAACAUAAAGGGAAAGAGGCCCUGUGCACCAUCAGUGUGAAAAACAUCCAGGCGGUGGAGAAGCUGGAUGAAAGUGCCUUCAACCGCAAAAAUAUGUUUCAGGUGGUCCACUCUGAGAAGUCUCUGUACGUACAAGCUGGGAACUGUGUGGAGGCCUGCGAGUGGUUGGAGGUCCUGGGCCAGGUCACUCGCUGCAACGUUGGGCGCCUCUCCACCUUCCACCCAUCAAAUUACACCGCGGGAGCCUGGCAGUGCUGCAAAAACCAGAGUAGCAGCGCACCAGGCUGCAAGCCCUGCACCACCAUAAUGGUGGCCAACCUGCAGCUAGACAUAGACUGUGACCGGGAAACAGAGAGAAUCUUCUCUCUCCUUUCUUCAAACAGCACCAAGCUACAGGACAUGGAGGAUGCAUGUGCCAGUAUGGCAGUGUACCAAGGCCCUCAGCGGGAGCAGGAGGAAUACUCAAAGUUCACCAUUCAGGAACCCAAAGAGACCUUUCAGACACUCAAACAGCUCAGAAACGUAAUGGAGGAACUUCAAAGGCAGCACAACAUCAGGAAGGACACCACGGCGCCUGGCAGCCUGGACAACCCAAUCGUGGGGAAAACCUCCUAACCAGGGCAGACUGAUGUGGCCUGAGGCGGGACACUACAGAGACCAUACUCAGUCCUAAACAAUCUCCGGAAGUUGUUGCAGCGAGAAGGUGUGAUGUUUGUUCAGGACCAAGACACACCCUGACCUCCAGAUGUCAUGAGUCCACUACAGAAGUGACGGGAACCAGAACAACCUUGUGAUGUUUUCCAGGAUUCCUCCUGGAAUCCUUGAAUCGGACCCUUAGGUGUUUUCUUUUAUUUGGUAGUAAGUUGCCUCGUCUCCUCAGUCUCUCAUUGUGGUUCCCCCUUUUUUUUUUUUUUUUUUUAAGAGACUCCUAAUUUAUGUCCACUGCUACAUCUCUGUCCGUAUGAGAAAGGCAUCAUGGAAGGUGUGUGAAUAGGCUGCUAUUAUUUUUAUUCACCCAAUUUUAAACCAGCUGUGAUGACGCUCUCCCAAUCUUUUAACGUGUUGCUCUGACAUCGAUCUCUGGAUUUGAUUGAUAAUCAUAAUCUGUGUUGAGGGCCAUCCUCUGCUCGUGCCCGUAUACUUUCAUCUCUGAACAAAGACGUGUGCGUGCGUGCGAGUGUGUGUGCGUGUGUGUGCGUGUGUGUGUGUGUGCGUGUGUGUGCGUGCGUGCGUGUGUGUGCUUGUGCGUGUGUGUGUGCGUGCGUGUGUGUGUGCGUGUGUUUUCAGAGUACACUUAAGAUGAUAAAACCAAUCUGCCUUACUUGAUGGAGGUUUCUUUCACAUUAAAUGCUGAGGGAAAAACACAGAAGCACUUUAAAUAUUUGGAGCACUCCAAAUGAAUAUUAUUAGAUACUUGGUAUCAGCUUUUCCCCCAUUUGAUCAGUUACAUGAUCUAGAGUCCUUUUUUUUGUUUCAUUUGUGUACUAUAACAUUUAUAGCCUGUAGAUUUUAAAAUAUUUUUCUUGACCAAAGACAGUUUGAUAGGUUUGACUUGAAAAAAAUAACAAUAAAUAAUGUAUUUUGAAUACAAAUGUUUUGCAAAUGGAGGCAAAUCAUUAUCGAUUUUUAUGUUGCUAUAGGUUACACAUUGGUUCGUGUGUAGAUUUUGCUAACGUUAUUUUCUAUUGGGUGACUUCACGCAAGCAGUUGGCCUGAGUUCAGUUCUGGUUCCAGACAGCAUGAGUGUUUAUUAAGUUAUCAGGACCCGACUUGGUGUCUGAAAAUUUCUUAAAACAUUUGCUUCAGUUUUAAACAGUAAUUCUCAUUUUAUUAUAUGAAACUGGUGUAUUAUAUUGAAACCAUAAUUUUAAAAUGUAACCAGAUGGAUCUGUGAUUUGUUAAUUGUCCAAAAUGAGCUGUAGGAAACAAACUUCAGUCCUUCAGUUUGUGUCUUCACGUUACCUGUAAUAAUUUCCACAAUUUUUCAAUCUGAAUGAGGAAGUGUUGAAAAAGAUACAAACUUGAAUUUAUUUUGAGAAUUUGAAACAGUUGAACUUUGCAUUGCGAUGAUACAGGGUUAACAGGGUUGUUUCACUGCUUGUGGAAAGUUGUUUUCAGAAGUUUUGUCUUUGGUCCGUCAUAUAUUUCUAACAUGCAUGACUUGUAUAUUUAACAAUAUAUUUUUUUAGGAAAAUGUUUUUUUUUAUCUUUUUGUUUGUUUUGUUAAAACACUGAUUUAUUAUGUUGCUUUAUUGGUACAGAAUCGCGCUGUUUGUUUGCAGUGUCUCUUUGAGCCUGGCUGUUUUUUGUUUUCCUCCUUCAUUGACCCUUCGUAUUUGCAGCUGCUGCCAAACCUCCAUGUGUCAAUAGGUUAACAUAGUGUUACUAUGGUGAAUAUUGUGUUUGUGAUUUCCCACCCACCUGCACCUGACUGUGAUCACAUGCAGGUUGUAGGUGAAUGAACUGCUGGAUGACUGAGAGCCAAAUCACAACUGGGGAAACUGUCGAUCUUUAGAAAAUGACCACUGGAUUAACUUUGCCUCUUUUUGAAUCAUUCUGGACCAAAAUGUAACAUCUGGCUCUGAAUGUGAACCAGUCUCAGCAUCGUGUGUUGUUAUAUGCUGCGUACAAGCUUGCAGGUCAGCUGCAUUGGUAGUUUUAACACGGGCCAGUGGUUGAUGUCCUCUGGUGGCAAGCGUGCUUUCAGAUGAAGGUGAAUAUUGUUUUAGGUCUCUGUGUUCGUUUCACUCGGUCGUCGUCAUCAUUCUGCUUCCAUCGGUUUUUGAUGAGGGAAAUUUUUAAAAUUUGUUUUCUAACCGCCCUGUGGUUCUAAAAUGCCAAAUUUGGAGAAUGUGAGUAAGAAACGUGAAAACAACGCAGGCGGCUGUGUAUCGGAACAUCCGCCCUGCUGCUGUGGCAAGAGACCGAAUCAAAUAAAGCAUGUGACAUUUAUUAGGGAAUUCCUACCAACUUCAUACCCAAACUUAACUUCAGGUCUAUAAGCCACACAGUCAAAUAGUGUUCAAUCAUGAAUCGACCUGGAGAGCAGAGUGUUCGUACUGCUGAGAAAUCGGGUUGUUUAUAAGCCUCUGUUAAUGGAGAUGCUGCGUAGCUGCACAGGACUGAGGGCGUCUUCACAUCUUGAAUGUCACCGUUCGGCUUCAGUACAAUGUCUGUUCUUUUUAUACACAUUAAAGAUUUUAUUUUCCA